AUGGGGCAAUCAGAAAGUAAAUUAAAGAAGCGUGCAUUUAAAAGUAUACGUUUAGAUAUUGGUAAUGGAGUAUUUAAAAAAGUAUUAAAGGAUAUAAAGAAACAUGAUUUAAAUUUACUUGUCGAUAGUAAUGGUUCAACUUUAUUAAAUGUGGCAUCAGAAUUAGGUAGAAAGUCAAUAAUGUUAGAAUUGUUAAAGUAUGAUUGUAAUCCAAAUAUUUCAAAUAAUGAAGGAAUAUCACCACUCCAUCAGUGUGUAAUCAAUUGUGAAGAGGAGUUGGUAACAUUAUUAUUAAGAAAUGGUGCAAAUCCAAAUACCAUAUCAAAGAACUCAUCGACACCGUUAAUUACAGCAAUUCAAAGAGGGGAUGAUAAAAUGGUUGAAGUUUUAUUCAGUGACUAUUUUGCAAAACAAAAAGAAAUUGAAAAACAAAAGGAAUUAGAAAGAAUAUCGAAUAAUAAAAGAACAAAUAGUGAUAGAGGCGAAAAAGAUAGUAUCGGCUCAAUAUCUGGUUAUGGUGGUGCAUCGUCAAGUAACACAAAUGGCUCAACUACAACCAUAGAAUCAAUCGAUACUGAUGUAAAUUUAUGUGAUAAUAGUGGAAUGUCACCCUUAAUGUGGGCAUCAAACGAAGGAAAUUUAAUCAUUGUUAAACUUUUAUUAAAUAUGAAUGCAGAUGUAAAUAAAAGAGACUCUUUAGGUAGAACAGCAAUACUAUUAGCAAAACAAAAAGCACACCACAAUAUUAUAUCCCUAUUAAAUGAAAAAUUUUGCAAAGUUAACAAAAUCACCAAUAUUAACAAUAAUAGUAAAAAUGGAAAAGGCAAUCUUCAUUAUGCAUCUCAUUUAGUAACACCACAGCCAUUAAACUCACCACCACAAUUAAAUACUGCAACCGACUCUUUGGCAUCAUCAUGGUCAUCUUCCGACUCUGGUUUAAAUCAAAUUAAUAUCAACCAAAUUGAUAAUAGUAAUAAUAAUAAUAAUAGUAAUAAUAGUAGCAAUAAUAGUGGUACUAUAGAUCGUGUAAAUAAUAUUUGUAAUAUAAAUAAUAAUAAUAAUAAUAAUAAUAAUAAUAAUAAUAAUAAUAAUAACAAUAAUAAUAAUAUAAAUAGUAAUAAUAAUGUGAAUAAUAAUUUAAAAGUUACUGGUUCUUUACAAAGUAUAGCAAGCUUAAGUUCAAAAGAUGAAGGCUGUUGCAAAGUUUGUUGGGAAAGACCAUCUGAUGUUGUAUUAUUAUGGUGUGGGCAUUAUGUAAUUUGUUUUUACUGUUCACAAUUCCUCCAAUUUUGUCCUGUUUGUAUCCAAAAAAUUGAUAAAGUCCAAAAGGUUUAUCUUGCAUAA